UACUGGCUUCAAAAUUAUUGCCUUCCUUCUCUCUUCAAUUGCAAUCAAUUCAUUAAUUCCAUUUAAUUAUCUUUCCAUUUGCUGGCCAUCCAUUUAUUUCUCCACCCAUUAAGGAUCCCAUCUCCUCUUUCUCUCUCUCUCAUUGACCUGCCAUUUCUCUUCUCUAGCCUCUGAAUCUCAACUUCUCUAUGAAUUUACAGGACAAAACCCUUCAUGGUCUUCUCCUCCCUUGAGCUCUUGUGGGUAAUCUCUCUCUCUCUCUUUCUAACUCUCUCUCUCUCUCUCUCUAACUCUUUCUCCUGUAGAAAAUCAUGAAUUGGGUUCUUCAUCAAAGCAUAUCACCAACGAAUGAGAAUUUACUCUCUCCUCCUCCUCCUCCUCCUCCUGUAUCAGAAUCAAAUCUAGAGAACAAAAUAAGCCCUAGCGUUCUCCUCAUAAUCGUAAUCUUAGCGGUCAUCUUCUUCAUCUCUGGCCUCCUCCAUCUCUUAGUUAGAUACUUACUGAGACCCACAAACAGAGAUCCAGAGGACUCUGAUAAUGUCACAGCUCUUCAGGGCCAACUCCAGCAGCUCUUUCACCUGCAUGACUCUGGAGUGGAUCAAUCUUUUAUUGAUACUCUCCCUGUUUUCCUCUACAAAGCCAUUAUAGGCCUCAAAGAUCCUUUUGAUUGUGCUGUUUGCCUCUGUGAGUUUGAGUCUGAUGACAAGCUCAGGCUCUUGCCAAAGUGCAGCCAUGCUUUCCAUAUUGAGUGCAUUGAUACCUGGCUCUUGUCUCACUCAACUUGCCCUCUUUGUAGAAGUAACCUUGUUCCUGAGUUCUCUCCCAAUCAUAGCUGCAGCCCUGUAGUUCUUGUUCUUGAAUCAGGGAGUGAGAGCUCUAGAGAGAUUGGGAUUGGUUCCUCUCAGAGAAGAGGGGAGUCUGAUGAAAAUAGCCAUAUGGGUUUCCAGCAAGAAGAUGAUUUCGGGCCUUUGGUUGUCGAAAAUUCGACUAAAGUAGGGGAAUUUGGGGGAAAAGAGGAUGUGGGAUCAUCUCCAAUUGAUGUUUCAGAUACCAAAGUUGUUCAAGUUAAGCUUGGAAAAUUCACAAAAGCUGACAAUUCUAGUGUUUGUGGGGGUGAAGGGAGUAGUACUGGCAAUAGCAAUUUGGAUCAGAGAAGGUGUUUUUCUAUGGGAUCCUAUGAGUAUGUGAUGAAUGAGGCCUCUUUUCUUCAGGUAGCCAUUAAACCAUCGAAGAAGAAACCAAAUCGCUUCAAAAAGCCAGGAUAUGCAAUGUCUGAAUGCGAUUGCCAUUCGAGAAGAGAAGGGUUCAAAGGGUUCAAUUCCUCGAAGAGAUUCCAAUCCAAAGAGGAUAGUGGGAGUGCUAGAAUCAGUACUAAUAAGAGAGAAAGCUUCUCUGUUUCGAAGAUUUGGCUUCGAUCAAAGAAGGAUGAGGCGACAAGCGAGGAUAGCUCAAGAAGAGCUUUCUCAUUUCGGUUGCCAUUGCAUAAUGAAGCUUCAAAUUCGAAGGAAAAGCCUAGUGCUAGUCCGAGGACUGUAUCAGAGUUUGGAGUUGAUAUGGAUUUGGAUGUUGAGGUUGGGAGUUGCAAUAAUAGUAUUAUGAGUAUGGGGUCUCAGAUUGAGGAGGCACCAUCGUUUGCAAGGAGAACAUUGCUAUGGAUUGUUGGAAGGCAGAACAAAGUUGGCAAUCAUAGUAUGAGUUGAAUCAAGAUCAAUUUGUAAGUGUUGUUUUGUUCUUUUUGUUUUUUAGAGGUCGUGUUUGUUUGUUUAGGGUCCUGAAUUCUUGAAAAAAAGUUGUAGUUGAAGCUUGGAAAGAAAAAAGUAGAGGAUCAUUUCAAUACACAAAUUUAGAGAAUUUUUUAUUGUUGAUGUA